ACGAAACGUUUCAACGUCAAAAAUAAGAAACAGCAAAUAUGUCUUCAAAAUCUAAGAAAACCAAAUCGAUUCAUGGCAAGAAAGAGUCCAAAUCGUCAAGGUCAGGCCUGACCCUGCCCGUGGGGAGGGUCCACAAGAUCCUGAAGAAAGGAAACUACGCACCAAGAGUUGGACACGGCGCAUCUAUUUACCUGACAGCAAUAGUGGAAUACUUGGCGUCAGAAAUCCUGGACUUGGCCUCCGACGUGGCCAAUGAAAAUAAUAAGUUAAGGCUUGUGCCACGUCACCUCAUGUUCGCUAUAAAGAAUGAUGAAGAACUGAGUAUGAUGCUGAAUGGAGUCUGCAUUUCCCAGGCGGGCGUGCUACCCGGCAUAAACGCCCAGUUGCUGCCGAAGAAGACCAUGAAGAAGAACCAGGAUUCCAGCCAGAAGUCGCAAUCACAACAGUUUUAAGACGGAGACGAAUAUAGCAAAAAUUAUGAAAACCCGAAAAAUUAAAGGCAAUGUCACAGGAAUACUAGAAGAACUCAGUGAACUAAAAAAGAAAGAAUUUUAUCAAUCGAUGCUUGAAGAAAUGUUUGAAGAAAAUGGAAAAAAAUACGAAAUAUAAUUAUUUAUUUAUUUAUUAAAAAUUGUGAAAUCAGUUGGUGGUGGGCAAAUAUUUUUAACAAAGUCCUUUUCAGGACUGCAAA